CAGCACUUAUUGUGAGUGGAACUUGGAAGAUGAGAACUUGUCUGCUUUAUUUUUGUAUAUUCACCCUGCUUCAGAGUAGAUAUGUACUAUCUGGGGAUUUAUGGCUGCCCAAUUUAAGCAAAUUAUCCUCGAUCAUAUAUAGUUGCCAGACAUCAGCCAAUGUCAAUCGAGAUGAUCGUAAACAACCCACUGCCACAGCCGCGUUGUCCGUUGAGCCUGUAAACAUCAAACCCCAACCGAGGACACCUUGGGAAUUCGGUUUAAGCAUUUCAGGAGGAAGUAGUAAGAGGAGGCCCAGAGCUCCACCUAGUGCCCAGUCGUUGGCUAAGGAUCAAAUGUACAGUCGCAUCGCUAAUUGUGUUAAACAGAAGCUUGUUGAAGAAUAUAAACAGAAUUCGGCUAACUAAAUGCGACAAUUCCCCAUAA